AUGACGUCAUUUCUAGAGUCAUCAAACCCAUUCAAUGCAUACAAUAAGCAGAUGUACAGAGAUGCCUUGGAUUUCGCGGAGUGUGAGAAACAACUGCAUUUUCUUACAGAUAGUUCAAUGGUACUCCCCUUCAUUGAUGCCAGUGCGAAAAUGCCUAGUGGCAUUUUAAAAUUAAACCAUAUUGCGUAUGGAGAUUAUUUUGAAUGUCUUAACAUAAACAAUCAGGCAGAGGACAUGCACAUUCAAGGAAAAUACUGCUAUUUAAGUGUGCCUUCUAUACAAAACUUGACCAUGCCUUUAUUGUAUAAGUUGAUGGAGAUGCCUAACUUCUCCAUUGCGGAGCUCACAAACUCCGAGGGUUUUGUAAGUGAUUUGAUGGAGACCAUAGAAAUUAAGGAUACUUCACUUAUUUCUGUACGACUGGGAAUGUGUAUACCAAAAGUGUGUACGUUGAAGCAGGUGGGGGACUACAUAACUUCGUUAGUGCGUGUGCCGAAGGUGGAAUAUAUAGAGGGCGCCUGUCGUCUGCCCGGCGACAAAAUGUUUACUACAUCUGAUUAUGUCGCAUUUGGCGUAUUUGGUAUGCUAUUUCUGUUGACGUUUCUCAGCACUAGCUUUGAUCUAUACAACAGGUUUAUUAAAAAAUCUCGGUCCAAACACGUCCUUCUAUCAUCGCUAUCAGUUUACACAAACACCAAACGAUUACUAAAUUUUGAAUCUUCGCAAUUUACAAUUGAUUGUGUCGACGGAAUUAGAUCUCUUUCGAUGUUAUGGGUGAUAUAUGGUCACACUUAUGUGUUUCAAAUAUUAUCUCCCGCUCAUAAUAUAUUGGAUUUGAUGCAGUGGACAAUGCUGUUUACAAGUACAUGGAUUAACACAGCACCAAUGGUUGUAGAUACAUUCUUUAUGUUGAGUGGACUGUUCUGCGUCUAUGUCUUACCUAAUAAAAUGUCACCAUUACGCUUCAUUAAAUCGAUUCACAUCUUCUAUUCCUACCGAUUUCUAAGGACGCUUCCGAUUCUGGGGACGGCAGUCCUUCUCCAGGCUUCCAUUUUUCAUUGGAUAACUGAUGGGCCUGACUGGGAUCGUAUGGCGUAUUGUGUUGAGGCCUGCAGAACCAGAUGGUGGGCGACUCUGCUGCAUAUACAAAAUUAUAUACGACCAGCUGGUGUGUGCCUUCUACAAUCCUGGUAUCUAACUGUGGAUACUCAGCUAUAUUUCGUGAGCCCUUUCGUGAUUAUCUUCCUGCUUAUAUCCUCGACAGCUGCCUGGUGUGCACUAACCAUAACUUUCAUAGCAUCAUUGGCUGCUCUGGCUUACUACGCCGCCUACUACGAGUAUCCCUCUGUUUUAAAUGGUUUAUGGCAGACACAAAACUUUGCGGAUUAUUACAUAAACUUUUACAUGAAUACACCUACAAGGGCUUCUCCUUUCGUUGUCGGUAUGAUGUUUGGCUACAUACUCUGGGUACAUAGAGAAAAAGGAUUACAAUUGUCAAAGAAAUUCGUCACAAUUUGCUGGACAAUAUCUUUCGUAGCAUUAGCCUAUUUGUAUCUCACAAUAUACAUGAUGGUACAACUGCCGUACAAGUUCACGUACUAUGAUCUUUUCUUCAACGUUGUAAUGAGAGCUAUAUGGGCCGCUAUCGUAGGCUGGAUCGUAUUGGCAUGUAAACAUGGUUAUGGAGGUCUUCUCAAUUGGUUUUUAUCAUUACCAAUGUGGAAGCUACCAUCAAGAGUAUCAUACGGAGUAUAUAUGAUACACUUACAAGUUAUUUUGAUCAGUACCAGCGGAGCAGUACAGACGCGAUAUUUUACCGAAAUGAAUACAGUAUACUACGCAUCGAACUACAUUUUGAUAUCCCUUAUUUGUGGCUGCAUCUUGUGUGUUUUGGUGGACGGGCCGACAUCUACGUUUCUCAAAAUUUUGUUUGGCAAGAAGAAAAGGCGUUCUCGGACCCAUGAUGAUUGUGUAGAAGAAAACGAGGAAUUUAAAACAAAGUUAUAA